AUGCCGAGCCCACUGUGCCAAACGGCUGGGUUCUGGGGGACAGCUUGGUGUUUGCUGCUGAAGACAUGCAGCCUCAUGGCAGAUGUGCUUAGGUUUGGUUUACAAAGCAUUGGCAGCAGCUUGGUGGCAUUGUGCACAGAAGCUUCUGCGGGACAUCUGCCGGAAGUGCACCGAACGUCCUGGGAUUUCUUUCGGAGCAAAGCCCGGCUCGCGGAAAGCGGAGAAAGCGGACACACCGAACUGCUUGAGCACGUCGGAUUUGCUUCUGCUGCUUGGCUGUUUCUUGUCUUCAGUCUUUGGCAAGUCUUCAGCUUCUUUCGACGAACACUGUUUCGCUCUCCGGAAGUCUUGUUCUUCCCUGAUGCAUCUGGCAAGAACCGCCGACACAUUUGCUUCUUGCUACGGGAAGCUAGGAGGAAGGUCUGGGUGGCAAUGUUCGCCCUGACCGACGACCUACUUUCCGACGAGCUUCUUGCUGCUUUCAAGCGGGGCGUAGACGUCAAGGUCAUCGUGGACGACGAGCAAUGUGGCAUGCUUGGGGCAGAUGCGCCCAAGCUGCUGGAUGCGGGGGUCCCACUCCUCAUAGAUUCAUCGCCAGCUCGCAUGCACCAUAAGUUCGCAAUUGUUGAUGGUUGCGUGCUGACUGGCAGCUUCAACUGGACAAAGCAGGCCAGCACCACGAACUGGGAAAACGUGUGCAUUCUUCGGGAUCCAUCCAUCGUUGCACCGUUUGCCAACGAAUUCACAUCUUUGUGGAGGGAGUUUUCCGGAAGGUCUCAGGACAUGCCAGAGUCCCCGACAUCGCCAGCCAGACGGAAGCGUGAUGCCACACCAGGCAAGCGACGGUGA